AUGCCCGAUUACUUUGUCCGUACACUCCUCACUAUCAUUCACGCUAUCCUUCCACCGAAGCCAAAUCCAGAGAAGGACUCGAAGAAAGAGAGCGGUUCUGAUGGUAGGAAGACCAAGUUUAAGGCUUUGGCAGUCGCCGAUAAUAAAGAUAGAGUCAAGGACAUCGAGAAGGAAAUUGAGAUGGAGACCAAGGAAAAGCGAAACAGAAGAGAAGAACAAGACGAAGAGCGAGAAGAAGAUAGGCGUAGAGGUAGUGAUAGAUACAGGGAAGGAGAUAGAGAUAGAGAUAGAGAUAGAGAUCGAGAUAGACACAGAGGAGGUAGAGAUAGAGACGGGAGGGAAAGGCGAAGGGAAAGGUAUGAUAGAGAUGAGAGGCGUAGAGAUACACAUUAUAAUGAUGAUGGUGACGACCGGGGAAGGCAUACAGAUCGAUACAAUAAGCAUAAGAGAGAUGGGUAUGAAGACAAUGGAGAUGUUAAGGAAGAUGGUGAUGAUAGGAGAGGUAAUAGGGAUCAGCAGAAUGGCCAGAACCAUUCGGAUGAGCCCGAAUUGUAUCAGGUUUAUAAGGGCAGGGUUGCGAGAGUGAUGGACACCGGUUGCUUUGUUCAGUUGAAUGAUUUAAGAGGGAAGGAGGGUCUGGUUCACGUUUCACAAAUGGCAACUCGGCGAAUUAGUAAUGCUAAGGAUGUGGUGAAGAGGGAUCAGGAAGUUUAUGUGAAGGUGAUUUCAAUUUCAGGUCAGAAGUUGAGCCUUUCGAUGAGGGAUGUUGAUCAACAUACAGGGAAGGAUUUGCUCCCCUUGAAGAAGAGCUCAGAGGAUGAUGCUCUUAGGACGAACCCAUCUUUUUCAAAGGAUGGACCUGUGACUAGGACUGGUCUUUCUGGGAUUAGGAUUGUGGAAGAGGAUGAUGUUGGCCCAUCACGCCGGCCAUUGAAGAGAAUGAGCUCGCCAGAGAAGUGGGAAGCCAAACAGUUGAUUGCCUCAGGUGUUUUGGGUGUUACAGAGUAUCCUAUGUAUGAUGAGGAAACCGAUGGGAUGCUUUAUCAAGAAGAGGGAGCUGAGGAAGAGCUUGAGAUUGAGCUCAAUGAGGAUGAGCUAGCCUUUUUAAAUGGACAGAGCAG